AAGGACCGAGGAGCAUAAAAGGAGAGGAAAACAUCACAUUAUUAACUGCUGAGAUUAGAAGAUUCCUGUAGAGAGUGUGUGUGUGUGUGUGGAGGGGGGGGAGUGGAUUUGUGUGUGUCAUUCUCAUGUGGGGGUUCCCUUGGUGUCUCUCUCUCUUGAUGAGUUAUUAACUAUGACAAUAAAGCAGUGAAUGAUUUUUUUUUUCUCUUCCACACCAGAGCAUGGAGGAGAUGAAAUUGCAGAGCACAAGUUCAGCACAUUACAAGUGGACCCAGUAGGCCUGAACGCUACACCUGUGAUUCUCGUCUAAUCAGCCUCAGGUGCCAGCAUGGAUGUGGAGGAUGAGCCAUUGCUGUUUCAGACCAGCUGGGGAGGGGUGGAAGAUGAGGAGGACGAGGAGCAGGAGGAGGAGGAUGGAGUAGCACAGGCAGCGGCGCGGAGCUGUUUCUCUGGGGAGGCUGGGGUGUGUGGACUGUGGAGGGCAGUGGGGUGGGUGUACACACAGCCCUGGGCCAGUGGAGUGGUUUUAGGGGUAGUUGUCUCACUACCAUGCACACUGUUUGCCUAUAUGCUCCUCUACUGCCCUCCUCUGGACAUAGACCUCUCCUACAGUGCCUUUGAGGUUCACAGUCACUUCUCUGCCGAGCGCUUUGACGCCCUCACCAUUGCUGUAAAGACUCAGCUGGGGUCCUGGGACAGACGUAGACGAGACUUAGAUAAAAGCGCUUCUGAGGCCCUGAGGGAGCUUCUGCUGGAGAGGCUGAGUAGACAGGGAGUGUUCAACAGGACAGAUAAUGAGGGCAUGAGGUCCUUCACUCCUCAAAACGAGCCUUUACACGCAGGAGAUGAUCAGAAGAGAGGAGCUGCAGUGAGCAGAGAUAAAAGGACAGCGUUUGAUUUGGGUCAGAAGGAAAUGGGGAAGCACAAGAACUCAAAUUACAGAGCAGAAGAGGAAGCGGAGAGAUCAUGGGAUGGAAACGCCACUCUGCCGCUCAUUAGGAAGCGCAGGUUUGCUCCCAAUUACUACCUGCAGAGCCAGGCUCUGUGGAGGAUUGAGCUGGUGUUUGUGGCUCAAGGGGAGGGCGAUCGCAACAUCUUCACCCCUGAACGCUUGCAGACGAUUCACCAUGUGGAGCAUCUGCUCAUGCAGCAUCCGCAGUUUCAUCAGUUCUGCUGGAAACCUCUCGAGAUGUUGAGGGAUCUGCCACUGGGACCAUCCUACUGCUCCCCACCUAGCUCACUCCUGUCCUACCUGUACCCCAGUGAGAGAGGAGGGAAGAUAUACUAUGAUGGCAUGGGCCCAGAUCUUGCUGAUAUUCAAGGUUCUCUGAGUCUGGCCAUCACCCACCCACAGUUCUACUGGUACGUGGAUGAAAGUCUGUCCCCUGAGCAUCUCUCCUCCUCUCUCUUACGCAGUGAGAUACACUUUGGAGCUCCUCUUCCUUCCUACUACUCCCUGCAGGACCGAGCUCACGAGCAACGACUACGCUUCAAAAACUUUGUGGUUCAGUAUGCAGAGAUUCUGGCCAAGCAAUCUACAAGCCAGGUGAAGGUGCUGUAUGGGGGAACAGAGCUGUUUGAUGAUGAGGUGAGACACACCUUCCACAAUGACAUGAUGCUGGCUGUCAUCAGUGGAGCCUGCAUCACUGUGCUCGUCUAUGUCCUCACCUCUUUUUCUGUGUUUCUGACCUUCUUUGGACUUGCUUGUAUUGGACUCAGCUGCCUGAUGGCUCUUUUCUUGUACCAUGUUGUCUUUGGUGUGAGGUACCUGGGUAUUCUCAAUGGAGUUGCAGCCUUUGUUAUAAUUGGUAUUGGGGUGGAUGAUGUAUUUGUGUUCAUCAGCACCUUCAGACAAGCCUCCCAUCUGCGACAGCCACAGCAGCGAAUGAUCUACACAAUCAAAACAGCCGGCCGAGCUACUUUCCUCACCUCCUUCACCACUGCAGCUGCGUAUGCUGCUAACACCUUCUCUCAGAUCCCAGCCGUGCAUGACUUCGGCCUAUUCAUGGCCCUCAUUGUCAGCUGCUGCUGGCUUUGGGUAUCCGCCCUGAUGCCCGCCGCCCUGUGUAUCUGGACUGAGUGUGUGGAGCCUCAGGAACACGCCUGGUUGAAUUGCUGGAAGCUGUUUUCGGGGCUGUCAGUGAGCCAUGGCCCUUUGUCAGAUGAGGAUGAUGAUGUGGCACUUCUGUCAGUGGAGAUGGAGCCAGGCUCCUGUGACACAGACGGCGAUGCGGCCAUUCUUUCCCUGUCAGUGGAGACACCUCUGUCCCCUCCAGGGCAGCAGCACGUGGGCGUGGUGAGCACAAAUCUUCGCUGGGCCCUGAAGCACUUAGUGGCAGAGCCAGCUGUGGAGCGCCGAAAAGCCGUUCUAGGUGUCUUCCUCCUGGUUCUGCUUUUAUCUGCCGGCUGCUGCUGUCUCCUGAGGCCAGCCACUCACGCCCCCCUGCUUUUCCGCCGGGACACAAACCUCCAGACCCUGCUGGCUCUGAGGAGCAACCUCAGCGGUCAAGGCAUCUCCUGCCCCAUGUGCUCAGGUGUGUUCAUGGAAAAGCCCCAUCCUUUGUACACCCACUCUUCCUCAUCAGCAUUUAAGUUUUCUACACAUCAGCAGACUGCAAGUGUGACAACCUCCACUGCUCUUCGGAGCUCAGUAAAUCCAAACUCAAGCACCAACCAAACAGACUCUUUACUCACAGUGUACAUAUCAAAGUUGGACCUCGGAGCCUCUAUGACCAUUUACCGCUUCUCCCUCAACACCAGCACACCCUCCCCGUGGAAACUGUGCAGCACAGACCAUGAAGAGGUGUCAUCAUUUCAGGCUUAUAAUCAGCCCCGCGGCAAUUACAGCACCAGAAUGACAGUGUGUGUUUCCCAUGUGUACCACCCGUACCCCAGCUGGAUGAUCACAUCCACCUCGUGUGAACCCCGUCAUGGCUGGACGCCAGAGUUUUCCUUUUAUGUAGCGUUGUCCCCGCAGCAGCACAGCAGGAGACUGUACUUUGCCCAGCGUCGCCUGAGACCUCAUCCUAGCCGCCUGUGUGUGAGCUCGCCUGGCUGCAGCAUCAGUUCUGGGCCUGAUGGACCCACACAGGGAUCUUUUUACAUUCCUCUUCCCAGUGAUCCCUCGUCUGCUGCUAAAACAAAACCGUCCAAAACGUUUGGCUUUAACCCAUGCAGUGGCGGUGCAUGCGGCCACCCAGCAGUGCGUCCUCUGGUCGACACCGGGGCGAUGGUUUUUGUUGUGUUUGGCAUCUUGGGAGUCAAUCGAACGGAGCACAGGGACAACCACGUCAUUGGAGAUAUGGGCAGCAUUAUAUUGGACCCGGACUUUGAUGUUUUCCAGGAGAUGGGGCAUCUUUGCAAAAUCUGUAAAGCUAUUAGCGCAAACACACAACUUGUGAAGCCGGGAGGAGCGCAGUGUUUGCCUUCAGGUAAUAAACUGUCUUCUAUUCUUCCUCUGCUCCAUCCUGAGUGUCACUCUCUCCCCGAGCCCAACCUGCUCCCAGGGCAGCUCUCCCACGGAGCAGUGGGAAUGCACGCAGGCAAGGUCCGCUGGCUGUCCAUGGCCUUUGAGUCUACCACAUACAAGGGCAAAUCCUCCUUUCAGACCUAUUCCGACUUCCUUCAGUGGGAGAACUUUAUCCAGGAGCAGCUUGCCACCCUCCCGUCAUCCUCCGCUCUGCAGCGGGGUUUCCAGACCUGCGAGCACUGGAAGCAGAUCUUCAUGGAAAUCAUAGGUGUGGAGAGUGCCCUCUGGAGUCUGCUGCUGUCUCUGGCCAUCUGUGUGGCAGCUGUGUCCGUGUUUACUGCACAUCCUCUGCUGCUGCUCCCCGUACUCAUAACCAUUUUAGGAGUGAUCUGUCUGGUGGUGGCCGUCAUGUAUUGGCUGGGCUGGGAGAUGGGAGCAGUGGAGGCGAUUUCUCUGUCUAUACUUGUGGGAUCUUCAGUGGAUUACUGUCUGCACUUGGUGGAGGGAUACCUGCUGGCUGGGGAGACCAUGCCCUCAACGUCUGGGCAUAACUCGGAGCCUGGGGCCGAGAGGCAGAGGCGGACCCUGGAGGCAGUGAACCAUGUGGGCGUUGCCAUAGUGUCCAGCGCCGUCACCACGGUGAUCUCCACAGUCCCACUCUUCUUCUGCGUCAUUGUGCCUUUCGCCAAGUUUGGCCAGAUAGUGGCCAUUAACACCGCCGUCUCCAUUUUGUUCACUCUAACCGUGACUGUGGCCAUGUUGGCGUGCAUGGCCCCUGCCCGCUUCAGCAGACCCCCCGGCGCUGUGCUGAAGGCCAGCCUGGUCGUAAUGGCGGCUGCAGCCUUGGGAGCCGGACUGUGCUGGGUGGGAGGACAGCUGGGAGCGUUGGCCUGGCAAUCAAUCAGCACGUUGACACACGCCUACGCCAGCUCACACUGAUGUCAGACAGGGGAGUUCCUCUGUGCGUAAAACUAUGUAAGCACUCUUUUUUCCCUCCAUGUUCAGGAGGAAUAUCAGAUCAAUUAAUGAUCUCAUUUACAGCACAAAGAUGUCAGAUUUAUUCCAUAAUUAUAAGCUUUUUCAUCACAAAAUACAUAUUUUUAACUUGUAUUGAUCAGUUGAUUGUAAGUACUAUAGUGUAAACCACCAUGUGACUCACAGUAGUGGGUUGAGGAGAUGAUUCAGCUGAGGUAUUUCUUUGAUGUGAUAUCGCCCUCGGCCCAAAGGUGGAGAUGAUUGCGUAAUCGUUGGGAAACACUGGCUGAGUCACAGUUUUCAUCAGUGUAACUCAUUGAGUUGUGAAGAACCACUGACUGUUCUGUGACCUGCUGUUGUGAACACCGACAGGGCGCCGCGCUCUGACGUCCAUGAAAAUUAUUAGUGUUACCGGUCCACAUGACUCACAGCCAUCUUGUGAAACAUCACUUUUGUUUAAUUAUUCUUGUGUUUUCAGCCUCGUUUGUAACAAAGGUUAUGAUGUCCCGAUGUGGCUGGAUUAAAAGUCGUACUAGUCAAGUUUAUAUGGUGCACAGUUUCGUUAAAUGUAAUGUGUGAUGUAAAUGUUUCUGCUCUCACACAUUCUGAACUUCUGAUGCUGCCAGCACACACUUGUUCUGAAGAGUUGUGUGUGCAAGGACUUACCACAGGAAAUCUUCUUUUCUGACCACUUUCACAUGUUUAUAUCUUGGAACUCAAACUGCUUCAAUGUCUCUAUUUUUGUCAUCAGCGCCAACUGAAAGAGACCUCUUGUCAGCUCCUCAGGUGUACCCUCUACAUGUCCUCCACCGCACUUGUAGGCAUUCACUGUAACCAACUCUGCUCCCUCCUCUGCUCUCACACAAUUUAGAGCACCACUCAAACACCCAUCGACGCCAGCUCUGGUCUGCCCCACAGUGAAGGUGAGGGCCAUUUGUCAGACCACAUAACACAAUAAUGGUUAGGGAGAGGGACUCACUCAAUUGCAGCAAGAGCAGUAAAUUUCUGUUUUGUGUGUGUGCGUGUGUGUGUGCGUGUUACUUGUGAAUGUCAAAUAAAACAGGUGCAGAAA